ACAGCAAAGAUAUUUUAGCACAUAUAUAUAUAUAUAUAUAUAUAUAUAGAAGACAUAACUAAAGUCCCCUCAAAUCCAAAAAAGAAAGAAAAUGAAGGCUGUUGCAGUAGCAGUUGUUGUAGUGUUAGCCAUGGUUCAAUUCAUAGCUGAACCAGCACAGGCCAUCACUUGUGGUCAAGUGGACGCUGCUUUGGCUCCUUGUGUACCAUAUCUUACUCAGGGUGGUGAGCCAGGAGCAGCUUGCUGCAGUGGGGUGAAAAACUUGAAAGGAAUGGCUGCAACCACAGAUGAUAGAAGGACAGCUUGUAACUGUGUUAAGGCAGCAGCCAACCGUUACACAAACCUUAAAGAUGAUGCUGCUCAGGCUCUUGCUUCUAAGUGUGGUGUCGCCAUGGACGUUCCCGUCUCCAAGACUAUCAAUUGCGAUUCAAUCAGUUAUUAAUGAGCAACACGGUGUCAGGAAUAAUGCCAAGGAGAUGGCCAUGAUAUGUUGCUUCUAUUAGAUAUGUUGAGUAAUAGUUUUCUUGAGGGAACGUUUAUGUAAUAAACCUGGGGUCGUGAGACUCCCUCUUUGUUGUACGAUUACUAUGCAGUAAUAUACUACCAUAGUGCUCCCUUUUUGUUAAUUA